AUGUUAGAACCGGCGCUUGAUCUGAAUCGUUACGUAUAUUAUCGACUCUACACCACGGAUGGCCCUAUCGAGGCCGUCACAUCCGUGUAUAAAAACAACAGAUAUCUCGGCCGUAUCUCUGCCAAGUCCAUCACGCCUCCUCAUACCGUCGCCUCUUUUACACGAUGUGUGCUAAAAGUUGAGGGCUUCACUGGUGUGGCGAAGAGCGAGCUAUUUCCCUCUCUGUCGAGUCAAUUUCCUAUGGAUGGCUCAAGCCUUCUUUCCGUCUUUGGAGAUUCUGGACCUGGCUUAUCCGAGUAUGAGCCUAUGGCGCUCGUCAUCGAUCCAUCGGAUGCGAAAGCGAGUAGAGUAUGCAGCUUUCUCGUUGCGGAGAGUGAGAAGACGGAAUUUAAUGAGCCAUUGGAUGAACCCUACCUGUAUUAUCGAGUGUACAACGAAGACGGAGAGGUCGAAUCCCUUGAGAAAUUCAACACAGCCGACAAUUCUUUAGGCCGAAUCUCGAUCGCUUCUAUCACCCCUCCCCAUACUAUCGUGACUCUGAAAAACCGCCUUGCCGGUGCUGAAUUGAUCGAUAAAGCUCAAAUCGCUGCAAUGAAAUUGUUCAAGGAUAUUACCGGUCAAGAUCUGAUAAAGGACGACGACGACGAUCCCAUCUUCAAACUCACCGGAAGGUCUGAAUCCCGGCCAAUGGCACUCAUCCGUCCACCUCGACCCGCGAACCCAGACACGGAAGAGCCUGUGAAGCAGGCACAGGCGCUAUACGCCUAUAAAGCCUCGCCCGAUGAUCCCAAUGAACUAUCCUUCAAAAAAGGAGACAUAUUUGACAUAAUAGAUAGCUCAGGUAAAUGGUGGGAGGUCGAAGCGGCGGAUGGGUCAACUGGGAUCGUACCCUCCAACUUCGUACAGCGAUACCACCGAGUCCGCAAAUCCAAAUCCCCAACUCGUCGGAGCCCAGAGCGUCCGAUAGAUAUACAGCAUGGGGAUGGGAAGGUGUCUCCCAUCAAAGGAGGUGAACCGGACUUUCUCGAAGAUGAUUGGUGGGAAGUGAGGAUGGUGAACAAUCUGAUGGACGCGUCUGCUACCUUUUUGCAGAAGGCGGGGUGCGUGGGAUUGCGAGCUGAGGCGCUAUAUGACUAUCGAACGACUCGCAAUCAGCCGGAGGAGUUGUCAUUCAAAAAAGGGGAUACGUUUGACGUCUUGGAUAAUUCUGGGAGGUGGUGGGAGAACACGCUCCAUAUUAGUCGCCUCAGGCUGAAGGACUUUGAGGAAAUGUUAAGGUUGUUAAAUGGGAGCUGCGAUAAAAAUUUAGCUGAUUUUGCAUUUCGUCUUCUACCACCAGACAACCAGCGGGGGUUGUGA